CAAAACUAUCUCCUUACCUUAGCCUGAUUCACAACGGUAAGCUUGCAAUAAUGUUUUCUAAUAAGAGCGGUACUGGUGGGUUUCCACUGGAAAUUCGAGCAUGCAGCCGUUCGUCUUUGCGUAAUUUCUUCUUAAUUCUUACUUCAUAAUUCUUAUUUUGGUCGUACAAUCUGUGAUUCCGAAGUACAGUAUCCACACCGAUGUGGUGACUGACAGCUAACAUUAGAUUCAUCCGCGCCGAGGAGCCGUGCACAACCACGUAAAGACGAUAAUUACACAAAUAACUGCAAUUGCAGGUUUCAAACAGAGAUGGCGACAAAGAGGCAAAACUUACAGGCUGUAGCUUUAAAAUCUGCAAGCUGGAAAAUUCAAAUAAUAAUAGUUUGCAUGAGCAGGAUUAUAAAUGCAACAAGGAUGUAAAAGCGGACUAGUGCGUAGAUGAGUUUACCUGUUCGGUGUCCAACAACCUUUGUAGUCAAAUUUAGUCACUUAGUCACAACUUAUUUAGCAAAAACCUUUUUCAAGACAUGUGAAAGCAUAAAAAAGUCACAAGUGGGGUUUACUGAUGUAUUUUUUACGUCAUAAAAUAAAUUGUGAAAAUGUCUUCAGCUUGUGUUAACCACAGACCUUUUUUUCAGGUAUUUAACCGAAAACUCAUUCAAAAACCAAAAAUGCUGACUCACUGCACAUUUAUCUGUUGAUAUCCUGCUGAAAUUUAAUUAGUGGACUGCUUUUUUUCAGGUGUCUGGCUUUGGGCACACAUGAUGGUUCAUGUUUCUUCAUGUGAACAGUUUAUGAUUUAGGUCAGUGAUUCUAUGAAAAUAAUGAGCUCUGCUCUGAUAGAGUCACAGACAGCAGAGAAAAGCAAUGCUAAAUGGAAAUAUGAAAAUGCAACUUACCAUAUAAUCAUGCAUAGCUUAAAUAACAAAUCAAUAGCUUUUAAAAUGGGGGAGAUCAUCUUUAUUUGUUGUUAAUGUCAGGCUGUGUGUGUCCAAUCAAUCUCUGCGAUAAUUAGUCAAAAAUUUGUCACGUGAUAGAAGUAGUCGAAUUAGACAGAUGCCAGUAUGGACAGAUUGUGUGAUAUUAACAAACUAUGAACAAACUAUGCAAGGUAAAAAAAAAAAAAAAAUUUGCUGUAUUGCAUCACUAUUUGAUGUAAAAUCCAUUGUAAAAUCUUUCCUGAAACACAACCAUUUGAGAACCACUUAUAUAGAUGCUGUAGAUCCAUCAGCACAUGAUGUGAGAACAGCAGGUGUUUCAUAGCGGUGAUACAGUGUGAAUGUGCUGUUUGCUAAUUUUCAACUGUGUUGCUUUGUUUGUGCGUGUGUGUGUAUGUGUGUAAGCUCUGAUUUGAGGCUGACGCCGCAGAAUUUGCUGCAGUGAGGAUGGAAAGCCACCAAACUGAUGAGAGAGAGUGAGAGGGAGAAAGUGUGAAAGGAAAUGCAGCUGCAUCCUCUCGUCCUGACUCACUGUGAACUCCUGUGUUAGCACAGACAACUUUACAGAGCAUCAGCAGGCAGGGUUUGUGUGUUAUCGGACUGUACAGUGAUGCGUUGGAGGAGGCGGAGGUCUCCGGGACAGGGCAGGCAGGGGGAAACGAGGGGAUCGGAGGCACCAUUCACCAUGCCCUUCUUCAGAGCCGCCACCAACUUGGACUCGGAGAGCAAACGAACGGCCCACUUCCAAUCGUCAUGGCAACAGCAUGUGAAUGUGUUCGGCUCGUGGAGUAGGCCGGAGUGUGUGCAGGAACUGCACCAGGAGGCUCAGCUGAACCUACAGAGUCUGCUUCAAGAUUUUGAGGAGCAGUUGUAUGAUAACAGAGUGACAGGACAGACAUUCAGACACCCUUCCUCUCAGAGCUCGGAGGACACGUCAACCACUCUCAGCCGAUCCCCUUCCUCACUCAACAACAAGAAGACGGAGUUCGUCUUUGUGCCUGCAAAUAAGCAGGUGUGUGAGGAUGAGACUACAACUUUAGGGGUUCGGGCACAGGACCCAACCCCCUGUGGUUCAGAGAAGUCCCUUCUAGGCUGGAAUGCCUCACUGAGUCCACCUGUAGCAGAGAAACCUCGCUGGUACCUGGGCCGACAUACUCCCGCUCACCUUGUACCCAUUGAGAUCACAGGCCAGAGCUUUGAUAAGCACUCUGCACGGCACAGCGAACUGCGGGCCCCCUUUAGAACUGAUUCAGCGGUCAACCCAAAAACCAUUCGCCGCCCGAGGAGUGUGGUUGCAGGCCCUGAUGUCACGCUGCACUGCCAAGGUGACAGCAAAAUUCUUGCUGUUGAUCUAAUACAAGGUGCCUGUUCCCCUGGAUCCUCUCAACCCAGAUCUUUGGAGCCUACCACCGAAAACACAGGCCAACAGCAUAUUCCCCUUCGGAAGACACAGAGUGACUUGGAGUACAGUGUCCCCCCAUCCCCGAAGACCUCAUCAGGCAUGAUGGAUCAUGCCACACUGAUGUGCCCAAGCCCCUCCUGGAAUGGCCCAAAAGGUUCCACUUUCUCUCCUUCCUGGAAUGACUCCUACAACUAUGCUUUGGUUACGAACUCUGCUUCCAAGCAGCCAAUAUCUAAAACUGGAAUGUUAACUCCCGGAGGUGAAGGAGGUGGUCUAAUCUGUCCAUCCCAGACCAGUUCAGGCCUCUCCAUGAGCUCAGGGUCACACUCCAGUUCUUUCACCUCCAUCUCGGAACCAUGUGGACACCGGGUGUACACAGUGUCCACACAGGGCAGUGGGGUUGCUAUAGGGAAACGGAAUGACACCGAGGGGGCAGCUUCCACUGCAGGCAUGGGAAAUACCAAAAGUGAGCAGGAGAAGAGAUCAGCCAGAUCCAAUAUAUUCAGGUUCCGUGAACGUUCACUUUCAACACCAACAGACUCUGGAUCAUUUUGCUCAGCAGAUAAUAUAUGUUCUCCAGGUGAGGCUGUCCCUGUCGUUCCAGAGGGUGAGAAUUAUGCCCUGCUGUAUCCGAGCAAUAGCUCGGAGGAUAGCACGAGCACCGAUAAUGUUUCUGUGACCACAGGUUCAGACUUUCUUCCAGAUGGUCGACUAAGGACACGCUCACGUAGUAUCUCACUAAAGAAAUCUAAGAAAAAGCCACCGCCUCCAGUACGUAGUGUAUCCCUGAUGAAAAACCUAUCAGAGGUUGGAGGAAUGGGCUCUUACCACAGUGAAGGGCACUUCAGAGAUGGCAGACCCAAGAGUCUCUUUAUCCCUCGAGAUCACCAUAUUCAAGAUUCAUUCCAGCCUGAGUUCCUAAUUGUCAAGCCUGAGGAUGACACAGACCAAGCCCACAGUAGUUUGGAGACAUCUUCUGAUAUUUCUCAGCCUGCUGACAGGGAAACAGAGCUUGGGUUUCCUCCUCAUUGGCAGCUCAAUGAGUGGAAGUCCAACAACGACCCCUACCGCUCACUGUCAGGUUCAAGCACAGCCACAGGUACCACAGUGAUUGAGUGCAUGAAGGUGCGGGGCAGCUCAGAAUCCCUGAAUUCACCCUCAACCUCAAGAGCCACAUCUCCAUCUCAGCUCUCAAUUGAGGCUGAGACCAAGGUAUCCCCCUUCAAGCCCCCAUGUCUCAUGUCUCCAUCCAGUGGCUACUCAAGCCAGUCUGAAACUCCAACCCCAACUAUAUCAAACACCCUCAUCUCUGGACCUUCGCCAGUUGGCUGCAAGAUGCGCCCUAAAAUUCCAGAGCGUAAAUCUUCCCUCCCAGCUUCUGCAAAGGAUAAAUCACGCUCACGUCUUUCAUUUGAACUACCUGCGAACUCUCAACUGGAUUUGUCCUCUGUCAAACCCAAGCCUAAAGCCAGUCGACGCCAUUCUGACACAUCUACAGCCAACAAACCAGGUAAACUGAGCCCCAGUCAGUCUUCUCUGCCUGUGGUUACCACAACAGACUUGCGAAACAUCCGCCUUCGUUCAGUAAGCCGCUCAGAACUUGAGGACAGUCCUGAUGGCUCCUCUGACAUAAUAGAGGAAGAGCAAAUUCGAGAUCUCAGCCCUCCUAUCACCCCUUCUAACACAAAACAGUCAAAGCCACCAGUUGCAAUGAAGCCGCCUCUACCUAAACGACCCAUGAAUUUGAUGCUUAAAUCUCCCUCAUCCUCCCCUUUGGCACCUGAAUCUCCUCCAUCUUCCCCUGUGGACCGACCCAUGCCUGUAGGUAACAUCUAUAUGGUUGUAAGAAAGCCCAAACCUAAAAGACCAGCUCAGUCAUCACUCAGCACAUCUGCAAUAGCCCCUCAAGAGGCACUCCACAGAUAUGUACUUCCUCUUCCCGAGUUGGACCUGGAGCAUGGGAUUCCCAUUGAAGAAGAUCUUCCAUCCCCAAGUAGCCCAGAGAGAGAGGACAAAAGUAAGACCCUUCCAAGUAGAAUGACAAUAUCCUGUUUAGCAGAAUUAGACAAAAGAAAGCCCAAGGUACCUCCUCCUGUGCCGAAAAAACCCAAUGUCCUUCUUCUGCCCUCUCCAAGCACCCAGACCAAUGGCGGGGCAGAGAGGCAAACUCUACUUUCCGACAGCAUCUCCCAGUCACCUACAAGUCCAUCAGCAUCUGAGAUUGAGGGAGAUUUGCUUAAAGAUGAAGAUCAAGAUGAUCCUUCAAAGCAAAUUUUACAUGGAAACCCUAAAAAUUCUGAAAGUUAUGAGACCUUUGAAAAUCAGGAGAAUGAUGUGCUAGUUGAAGAGAAUAUUUCAAAAGAUUCAGGUUCUCAUCAAAUUACGGAAAGAGAGACGCCUCCAGCAGAGACAGUAAAAGAAACUUAUGCAGAAACAGAAAUACUGGAAGAACACAACUCUGCAAUUGACAAGACCGAACUACACAUUACAGAGGAAACAGACGAUGAUGUAUUUGUCCACACACCCACAACUCAUACCACCGAGGACCUCUUCACCAUCAUACACAGGUCAAAGAGGAAAGUUCUAGGUCGCAAGGAACCUACAGAUUCAUUUGGAAGCAAGCAGUGUCUGGUCUCACCUGUGAAAAGCAGUAGCACAGACCUUCGAACUCUGGGCCUCGGGACUACUCCUAGGUCAAGCUCGCGAAAUGAAAACUUUAUGGCUCUUCUCCAGAAGAGGAGCAGCAAAGCUAGCAGUGGGACCCGAGUUUCUGCCAUGGAGUUGCUGAAGAGCACAAACCCCUUGGCACGACGAGUCACUGAGUUCUCUCAGUCACAACCAGAUGGGAGUGCAACGAACACACCAAAACCAGCUCAGCAGGACCAGUGAUUCCACUUGUAGAGAACCACAUGCUGGCUAUCAAUAUGGCUGGUUUUCCGUAUACUCUACUGCCCAUUUAAACGGUUUAAUUUACAAAGACCUCAUGCUGAAGGAAAUGAAGUGGGUUUGAGUUGUUGCUUUCAGACAAGGGGAUCACACUGAUGAUGUAAGAUUAUUGUGGAGUAUUAAAGGAAUCAGUAUUAAAGGAAACUGAGCCCACCACUGAUACAAAAUUCUGGCGUAGAAAUCUGCUAUUUUGGAAAUAUGAAUGCGAUGAUGAAACUCUUGAAUGGAAACUGUCAUCAAGAAAUAUUUUCAGAUUGCUCACUAUUUUGGGAGCCCAGCCUAUAUUUGUGGCCAAAGUCUGCUCUGCCCAUUUCAGUGGUGGACUAGAAAGUGUCUUAGAAAGUAGGAUAAUUGUGUUUUAAAAGACUGCACAAACUCGCACAGAGAGAGGAGUGUAUGACAUGAGUCGGAAACAUUCCACAGAGGUUGUAAGCAAAGUUUGGUACCCCUAAAAAUUGAAGCACUUUCACCAGUACAGGAACUAGUUUACAUGACAAAAAGCUAUAUUUGUUAUUUUCCAUUGUUUCUUUUUCGGUGUUAUUUUUUCAAAAGAUAUGAAAGGCCAUAUAAAUGUCUUGAGUUUAUUUAAUCUGUACAAAACUACGUAUACGAUAUAUCUAUAUCUAUAUCUAUAUAUAUAUAUAUAUAUAUAUAUAUAUAUAUCUAUAUCUAUAUCUAUAUAUCUAUAUAUAUAUAUAUAUAUAUAUAUAUACACACACACACAAAAAUAUAACUGCUUGAUCAAAGACGGACACAAAACUGUCCAUAUCUGUGACAAUUCUUGGGAAACUGCCUAUUAUUUUAUAAGCUCACAGCACACAAAGGAUUGAAGUGGUCAUAUUGAACCAUCAUCAUGCAAUACACCCUAAUGAUCUUCCCAAACUGCCAGAAGUGUAAACAGGCAGCAUAUAGCUAGGAUUGUGCACAACAUACAAAAAAUCUAAAUUGACAUAGGCAAAACUUACCUUAGAAAAGAACAUUUGUGGAUGGUACAAAAUGAGGGAAAAACACAGGAAGUGGGAGACAAAAGAGAGGACACUGGGCUGCAGAAGAGGGAAUAGUAAGUGUUACCACAGAAUCAUUGGUUUGGUGCUGGCCGUACAUUGUGUCAAAUCUCUCAGGGGUUUCUUUGCAACCCAUGAAACCCAUAAUGGCUACUGGUCAAAGUGUAUAAUCUCUUAACAGAGAUUUCACUCGACAACUCAAAAAAGUAUCAGGGAGGAGAUUUGCUAAGGCCUACGGACAGUAAAAGAUGACUGGAUUCAUGUGUCUCUCAUUCUUGUCUCCACUUUUUUUUCUUCCAGAAAAUCAUACAGCGCUAAAGACCACAAUUCCAGAUCAUAUCACAAGACGGGAUCAUUCAAAUCCAAGUGCAAAGCUUCUCACUUUGUCCAUUUCAGACUAUGCAUCAAAGCUGAAUCAAACCUGCCCUUCUGUCUGCACUGGCAGUGAACGCCUGUUAAUGUUAGGAAAGGGUGAGGCAGAGCUCAAAUGGUUUUACAUUUAGAUUACAUUUUUGACCAAAAAGAACAUAGUAGAAAAUAGUUUUUUAAUGGUUGCCCUCCAUGUAACUGCAAGACCGGAUUGUAGAUCGAUGUUUGAAUGCACAAAGACUUCGCAGACUUUGAUCAAAUGUGAUAAUUUACUCAAGAACUUGAGAAGGUUAUCUCUGGUAACUGACCGCCAUCCUACUUUAAGGGAAUUUUGGAGACUACUGCAAACUGAGGAUCUACAACAGGCAGCCACAGAGGCUGAAACUUCAAGAGACUGCUUCUUCUUACCAUUCCGUAUGAAGCUCCCCUUCCUCGUGUGACUGUUCUUCUGGCUCCCAAUCAGACAAUGGACAGAAACCUGGUGCUAUUGAGCCGGAGCGCCCUCAGCAGUCCAGGAGAGGAAGUGCUUGGCAAAAAUCUGUUCUAACUCUGUUCUAACUUCAUCUUCUCAGACUAGUCGUUCAGGUAUUCCGACAAUAUGAAAAGCAUAACGUGAAAAAAGAGACAGAAUACCACCACAUUAAAAUAGUGUGUGACACUUGUUUUAAAUAUUUAGUGAAUGAAAAAAAAAAAAAUCAGACCAGUGUUUAUUUGCCUUGUACUCUGGCGUGAAGCCUCUGUGUUUUUAAAUGCCUUGGUAUUGCACUUCCGUAGAAGUAUGCAGAGUUUCUUUUACUCUUUUUAGGAUUUACUACUAUGAUAUUUAUCACUCUUGUGUACUCUGUGCUUAACCCUAUCAAUGUCAACAGUACUCUCACAGGUACAAGCAGAAGAGAAAGGGAGGGACAGUGGGAGAAGGGGGAAAACAAAAUAGAGAACUCAAGAAAUGUACCUUAGUGGACUGUUCGAAGCCCUGUGCAUCACUAAUGUAAAUCCCAGAGAGGGGGAGACAAGUAUCCAUUGGAGAGACAUACUUUAUUGUAAUCACAUUAGUAGUGUUUGACAAACUGACAUGAAAAAGUGAGAAAUUCUGACUUGACUCGAGCCAUUUUCUGCUCAUCUCCUCUUUCCUCAUGUAACCGAUAGGGAUUCAUUCUGAAUCCCAUUUCGGUAUACGGAAGAGAGUCAAAUGUGCCAACUAAGGGAGAAAAAAGGGAGUCCUAAGUUUAUCAACCAUCUGGUUGCUUUCAAGCGAAACCAACAACUUUUAAUCAAUUCUUGUCAUCGCAAGUUGACAACUUCCUGCAUCACACACUUUGUUUAGUAGUCUAGCACAAAGGCCCUUUGACAGAUUGCCAGAUUGAAUGGGAAAAGCUUUAAAAAUUUCAGAUUGUCCUUGUUCAUUGGGAAUGAAAAAAAGGCAGGAUAACAAUGAGAAUUAUAUUUUUGUUAUUUUUUUCCUUGGAAAGACAUUUUAAAAUUUGCAUAUUAUAGACCUCACCCUCCAGCAGAAACGAAGGUUGCUGUGAGAUCUCUAAUCAGCCGCAGUAUGUCUUGCCUAUGUGGUAAAAGGUAUAUCAUUAAAAUAAAUUAUUUUUCUUGCAUAACAGUC